AUGUACCUGCCAUCAACGUCGUACACAGCCUACUUCGAUGAGAAAGCGAAAGAAGAUCAAGAUUUCUUCUACAGGAUAAGAUUGGACGAUGAGGACCGUGUCAGGAACAUGUAUUGGGUGGAUGGUGCUGCAAGAAGAGCCUACAAACAUUUCCGAGACUGCAUUUCUUUCGACGCGACAUAUCUCACUAAUAUGUACAAGAUGCCAUGCGCUCCAUUCGUAGGAAUAAAUAACCACAAUCAGUCAUUGCAGUUCGGAUGCGGGCUCGUUCGGAAUGAAGACACGGAUGGGUACGUUUGGCUGUUCAAGACCUUCUUGGAGUGCAUGGGUGGACUUGCUCCGAUGAACAUAAUAACAGACCAGGAUUUUAGCAUGCGUGCAGGCAUAGAGGAGGUCUUUCCGUUGGCAGUGCACAGGCACUGCAGGUGGCACAUUAUAAAGAAGGCUGAGGAGACACUAGGACCGUUCUUUGCUGACCGUCCAGACCUGCACAAGGCAUUCGAGCUGUGCGUGGACCACAGCUUGACGGUGGAGGAGUUUGAAAGGAGCUGGAUGGCUAUGAUUGAAACAUAUCAAACUACACAGCGCAGUGAGGGGUUCAAUGCUGUUUUGAAGCGGUACGUGAGCCCUGGCAACUCAUUACUACAGUUUGCCAAGCAGUACACCGCUUUGCAACAAAAAAUACUGGGAUCCGAGCUACAGCAAGAAGCAAACACCGCGCUCAAGCAGCCAAAAUUGCUAACGUAUUUACCAAUGGAGAGGCAGAUGAGCAAGAUAUACACCAACACGAUUUUUAACAAAUUCCAGGAAGAAAUAAAGCGUGCCAGCAUGUGCACGGCUUUCCAGGUGGACGAACAUACGUUCAAGGUGUGUUCUAUCAUGAGCAUGUCGGAUUCAGAACCUGAAGACCCAGACAAGGGAAGGAACUACUUUGUGAAGGCAUCGAUAAGCGAAGGCGAAUACUACUGCCAAUGCUGCAAAUUCGAACGGGACGGGAUUGUGUGCUGUCACAUUCUAAAAGUAAUGGACUUGAACGCGGUGACACGAAUGCCCCGCCAUUUCAUAAGGCGGCGAUGGACUUGGGACGCUGACGACGCAUUGGCGCCGCAAACAUCAAACGCAGUUUUGGCCGUGCAUGACGAGAGACCAGAGUCAACCAUGGAAGCCGUGAGGCACGUUGUGUUGACAAAGAACUAUGCUGAACUAAUUGAUGAAGCGUGCAAGAGUGAUGAGACAGCAAGGGUCGCAGAAAAACACAGGAAGGCCCUCAAAAGAGAGCUUGAUGAGAUCAAGAAGAGGAAAGCUGAGGAAGCCUUACACAGGUUCCCCCGCACAUCAAGUGUGCCUUCGUCCACAGGGCCAUCAUCUGAAAACUCGGAGGUAGGAUCUGGAACAGCAAGCACACAAACACAGGUUAGGAACCCGCCCCGUUCCAUCACAAAAGGGCGUCCAAAAGAGAUAAGAUACAAAUCGGGAUUGGAGAUUCAAGCAAAACACAAGAAACCAAAGAAAGGGACGGGCAAUCCGUAAACAACA